AUGCCACCAAAUGAGAUACUCGCUCGUAUACCAAUAAGAAGCACUGCUCUCACGAACGCUUUUAAUUAUUGCGAAUACUAUUUUCGAUCACGUACAACCUUUUAUAGAACUGAUAUUUUAACGAUUUAUGUCAUGGUCAUAAACGCGUUAACAAUGGAUAUUCAUGGAUGAUCCGAUUUUCACGAUAUUAAUUGGCUAAUUAGAUUAUAUGGCACAUCAACGGUUUUCUAAAGUCAACAACGCUUAUAAAAGCGUCAAUUACCA